AUGAAAGUUGUUGGUUUGAGUGCCUUUAUUGUUGCUAUGUUGACGUUGGGCUGGGUUAAUGGAACGGAUUUAGAUAUGGACCUGAUCGUGCCACCUAUAAAUCAAAAAGAGACCUGUGGUAUAUAUGGUGAACAUCUGGAUAGUGAAGGAAAUGGCUUAAUUAAACCUGAGGAGGUGGAUAAUGAUGCUUCUCUGGCACAUGUUAAAACUAUGCUUGACUCGUUGUUUGCGGUUGAUGCUGGUUCUAAUGAGGCUUGGUCCGAUACGCUGCCCUAUUGCCCGGCGGAUUGGAGUCUGUAUAGAAAUACGAAUAACAGUAAAAUGUAUGAUGUAGUUCUGGCUGAUGAAAUGCAAUGUGUUAAGUUUUACUGGCGUUCCAUAUCUGAUGGACUUGCUAAACGAUGGAUUGCCAACCUAACCGAAUAUGUGGCUUCAAUUCGUCUGCACAGGAAGAUAUACAUUCAUAAGUUUAUACAAGACAGGAGUGUUCAGCAAUAUACCUUGCUCCUGACUGUAAUGCGGUUAUUGGUUGUUGCCGAAAUUGAGUUGUUUGAGGUAUUUGAUAUGGAAUGGUCUCUAUUACCGAAGAACGUUGAUGUGCUUUUUAAUAGAUUUGAGCGGGCUAUGGCGUUGGCUGACCCGCGGUCUGAACCGGCAAGUUGGACUAAAAUCACUAUUCGGGUGAGAACCUUCAUGGCAUUUAAAAUACUCCAAUACUUAGGGCAAUUCUUAGGAACCGGCCAUUUGCAUGCUAUACAUGGACAUAGUAUUCCUAGUAAGAAGUAUCAGCAGGUGAGAGCAACCAGAGUCCAAACUACAUUUUUUGGCCCUGAUCCGGCCGAUGUUUAUUUGUCGUUUUAUCAACUUGUCAAUCCACAUACUCCUGGGUCCUCGAGCCAUUUAGACCAUAUAAAGACGCACUACCAAAACAUCAUGCUUACUUUAGAAGUUGACUGGCACAGUAUGUUGCGAUUUAAGAAGCUCCCUCGCCCUCCACGCCAUUCGAAGAAAAACCGCAAUCAAACUAAUAGACAAGACUGGCCACCUCCCGCCUUAUACGAAUGUUCUCUCAACAAUGGAGAAAUGCAAACCAUUAAGCACUUUAUUCUGGCCAUGCCGUACAUUAGAGUUAUAAUUAAUCGAUGCAGUAAUUCGGGGCGUCACCUUGUUAAUCACUCAGUUGAAUUGAUUGUUGGUCUAAUCAAUUUUAUCCAUACGACCAAGCCGAGUCUUCGAAUUGUCUUGAGCGGCUUUUUAUCAGAAGGACUGAUCUCUUAUUCCCACGGCAAACCUAUCAAUGUUGUCUGUUUCCCUACGGAAUUAACAAUUCAGAAGUGCGGCCCCAGGUUUAUCCCUACCUUUCUUGCGGCUAUUGUUCCAGCUAGUUCAUUUAACAUUAACCUUCAUGUCAGCAAACGCGGUGUUGACAUUCUACAAGUUCUCAAUGCCCUCACGGACUUCAGGCGGACGAACAUCACAUUUACCUCUUCAUAUAUCCGCUUUAUAUUAAUGUAUCCCUAUCCAAGGCUUCCUUGCAUCCAAGAGUAUAUACAACAACUCUCAGCUCGGCUUAUUCCAAUUCCCCUCCAUCAACCCUACAAUAUUAGCUACACACUUCAGGAGUUCGUUAACCUUUCACUCUGGGCCUACCACCCAUUCCCACACCCGGAAUUGAUUGCCGAAUCCAUGCCUGAUGAUGAAUCUACUCGCCAUCUUGCCCCCCACAUUAAUCGCAUGUUCUGUUUCAGAAUCAUUAUAACGCGCGCAACCAAUACCCCUAGCUACAUCGCCAAUUAUUUACACAAAAUGCGCCGUUACAUUUGGUCUACUAUACCUAAAAACACUAUCCCGAUUCAAUACCAUAGCCUAACUGAUCUUAACAUUCAUUUCUCCUACAAGAACUCCCCAAAGCUGUCUACCCUAGUUCUAGCUCUAACCCAAUUCAUAAUCGAAAUCUACCCGACCGUCACUAAGAUCACUAUUUCUAAUGUUUCCCUCGAUCCAACAGUUGCUCCCAAUCUCGUUAAACAACUAAAAUUCCAAAGGCGCAACUACCUCAACCGAAAUCAUCACUCCCGGCUGCCCGAUCUUUACCUUACUAUGACGAGAAUUCGCGGUCAGGACGCAGCUCGCUAUCUAUUCACUCGCGACCGCACUAAAGAAGCCCAACAAGGCACUAUUAUUCAUUGCGACCACAGUGCUCGUGAGGAGCAUACCCCUUCCGACUAG